AUGACGACGUCAGCUUCCGAGGUGUGGUCGUUGCUCGCUGCCCCAUCGUUUUCCCCAACGUACCCACCGCCGCGCGACUCGAGUACGCUACAGGUGCUUGGCGACACGGCGAUCAUUUACGGUGGCACGAGCGCCCAGCGCAUCUUCAACGACACCUGGCUCUUUGACUUGGUCGCGGAGAGCUGGACACAAGUCCCAGCGCACCAGACGAACCCGGGCGCGCGCUUCGACCACGUCUCUGUGGCCCACGCAUCUGCGCAAGAGCUCGUCGUCUUUGGCGGUACGCUCUACGCGCCAGGCACGAGCGCGGACGGCUACGUGCAGAUGAACGACGUCUGGGUCUUCUCGCUCCAGCAUCGGGUAUGGACACCCGUUGUCUACAGCAGCCAAGCAGCGCUGCCCAAGACGCGAAGCGAGGCCACGGCGGUCGUGACGGGCGACGGUAGCGCGAUGGUCGUCUCUGGCGGCGUUACGGUCCCCGACAACGCGUCCCUCUACUCGUAUCCGAUCGACUUCAACGACGUGUGGGCCAUGGACUUGACAACGCACACAUGGACCGAGCUCACAACAAGCGCCGCGUCGCCGCAGCCCGCCGCUCGCUUCUCCCAUGCGGCCUCGACCAUCACAGUCGACGGCGUCGAGCACCUUGUGAUUUUCAGCGGGCGGCACAUUCUCGUCAACGGCUGGACCAUCCUCAGUGAUGCAUGGAUGCUACCGCUCAACUCGACGGAACCCCGUGUCUGGACGCUGUUGACGUCGAGCCAUUCGCUCGAGCGCAUGUUUACGAGCGCCGUGACGGUUCACGGCAACAUUUGGUUCUUUGGUGGCCUCGACUAUGUCUCGGACAGCUCGAUGGCGGUCUUUGCCGACACGAUCGUCGGCGACGUCGACCACGCGACGCGCGCCGUCACCUUUUACGCCGACGCGCCCACCGCCGCGAGUCCGAGCGAGCGGUACGGGCACCGCAUGGCUGUCUGGCGCGACAACGUGCUGCUGUUUGGCGGUCAAGACAGGACGUACCUCGGCGACCUCUGGCUGCGCAACACGUCGGUGCUGCCAAAGAGCCUCUUCCACCCGGUCUUGCCGUCGGCCGACUAUGCGCUAUGGGACCUCUCGACGCUCUUUCUCGCAAUGCUGUCGGGCUUUGUCGCCGUCUGCUUGGGCUUUGGGUACAUGUUGUACCGCAAACUGCACCGGCAUUCACGCGGCGGUGAGCCAGGCGCGCCUGUCCGGCCGCGAGGACUCUCGACCGAUGAAAUCGCCCAGUUCGAGCUCGUGCCGUUUGAGCCGACAGUGCACGGGUCGGCCGACGAUGUGUGCCCCAUCUGCUUGGUCGACUUUGCUGUUGGUGAGCGCUUGCGACAACUGAGCUGUGGACAUCUCUUCCACCCGCAGUGCAUUGACGAAUGGCUUCACAAAAACUUUACGUGCCCGAUGUGCAAGCGGGACCUCGCGCAACCAACGGACACGCCGCCAACGGCGGACGCGCCGUGACAUUGCCACGCUAUCAUUUCACGGAUGGGGUUGUCUCGCGUUCCCUUAAGAUUAGGCCACCUUCAACGUUGA